GCCGCUGCGAAACGCGUGGUGGGAGCAGAGCCAGCUGCAGCGCCGUGCACUCUGCCCAGCUUGCAAACUGCUGGGGACCCAGGGGGAUGGACUGGUGUGCGGCCAAGCGUGGGCAGGCUGGGCUGUCCGUGCACAAGAGCCCGUGUCAGCUGAUGGGCUGUGGGUUUGCAGAAUUAGACUUGGAUUUGGGCGACGAGUUGGGUGAUUGAGACUUCUAGCCAGUCGUGACAGUAGCUGCUGUUUUCCCAAGGCUGUUCCCUGGGUCCUUGUCUCCUCCCCCAGGAUGCUGAGGGCAGCCCUGUGUGCCGUCUUUCUCUUAGGCGCCCUGCCAUCAUUGGCCAAGGAGUCCCGAGGGCAUGUCUCAGUCGUCUUGCUGGGAGCCACGGGGGACCUGGCCAAGAAGUACUUGUGGGAGGGGCUGUUCCACCUCUACCUGGACCAGGUGAGCAGCGGCCACAGCUUCACUUUCCACGGGGCUGCGCUGACGGCGCACGAGCCAGGGCAGGGGCUGAUGUUUGAGGUGCUGAAGAAGCUGGCCUGCCCGUCGGACGUGUCCCCCGACAGGUGCGCUGUGGUCAAAGACCAGUUCCUCAAGCUGAGCCGGUAUCACCAGCUGAAGACGUCCGAGAACUACACUGCCCUGAAUCGGGAGAUUGAGACCCUGCUCCAGCAGGAGGGGCUGGAGGAAGCCGGCAGGAUCUUCUACUUCUCGGUGCCGCCCUUCGCCUACGCGGAGAUCGCCCGCCACAUCAACGGCAGCUGCAGGCCGCGCCCCGGAGCCUGGCUGCGGGUGGUGCUGGAGAAGCCUUUUGGCCAUGACCUCAAGUCAGCCCAGCAGCUGGCCAUCGAGCUGAGGACUUUCUUCCGGGAAGAGGAGAUGUACCGGGUGGAUCACUACCUUGGUAAACAGGCUGUGGCCCACAUCCUGCCUUUCCGAGACCAGAACCGACGGUUUCUGGACCCAAUCUGGAACCGGCAUCAUGUGGAGAGAGUAGAGAUUGUCCUGAAGGAGACUCUCGAUGCUAAAGGCCGCACCAGCUUCUAUGAGCAGUACGGGGUCAUCCGCGACGUGCUCCAGAACCACCUCACCGAGGUCCUGAUGUAUCUCGCCAUGGAGCUGCCGGCCAACAUCAGCAGCACUGAAGACGUUCUCCGGCGCAAGCUGCAGACCUUCAAGGCAUUGCAGGGCCCGGAGAGCACCAGCGCGGUGCUGGGUCAAUACCAGGCCUACGCCAGCCAGGUGCGGGAGGAGCUGCAGAAGGCACAGGACUACGUCAGCAGGACGCCGACCUUUGCAGGUGUGUUGAUUCAGCUAGACAGCCUGCGGUGGGAGGGAGUCCCCUUCCUCCUCACCUCUGGCAAAGCCCUGGACGAGCGGGUAGGCUACGUCCGCGUCCUCUUCAAGAACCGGGCCUACUGCACCCAGCGCGAGAGCCUGAGGGAGGCAGGGCAGAGCCAGUGUGGAGCCAAGCAGAUUAUCUUCUACAUCGGGCACGGGGAGCUGAGCUGUCCUGCCGUGCUGAUCAGCAGGAACCUCUUCAAGCCCAUCAUGCCAGAAGGCAGCUGGAAGGAGGUGGUGGAUCGCCCGCAGCUGCGCCUCUUCGGGCUCCCGCUGUCUGAUUACUACGUGUACAGCCCCGUGAAGGAGAGAGAGGCUUAUUCUGUCCUCAUCUCCAGCAUCUUCCAUGGCAGGAAGGACUCCUUCAUCACCACUGAGAACCUGCUGGCUUCUUGGGAGUUCUGGACCCCACUGCUGGACAGCUUAACCCAGCAGGUCCCACGCUUGUACCCGGGGGGCCUGGAGAACCAGCACCUCCUGGACUUUGAAAUGGUGGGCAGGGAGCUGUCCUUCACGCUGGAGGAGCCGGUGGAACUGCUGCACAUCGACGGUCAAAAGCCGGGCGACUACAGAACCAUCCAGGCCAAGUUUCGGCAAAGCCCCUUGGUCUCGGCUUGGCCGGAGGAGCUGAUCGCCCGGUUGGCAUCAGACAUUGAGACGGCAGCAGCCGAGGCUGUGGCACGCUGCGGCGAGUUCCACCUGGCCCUGUCGGGCGGCUCGAGCCCCAUUGUCAUGUUCCGGCGGCUGGCGACCCACCACUACGGCUUCCCAUGGAGACACACCCACUUGUGGCUGGUGGACGAGCGCUGCGUGCCGCUCGCCGACCCGGAGUCCAACUUCCGCAGCUUGCACGACCACCUCCUCCAGCACGUCCGGGUGCCCUACCUCAACAUCCACCCCAUGCCGGUGCACCUGAACCGGCGGCUGUGCGUGGAGGAGGACCGGGGGCCAGAGCUGUACGCCAAGGAGAUCGCAGCGCUAGUGAACAACGCCAGCUUGGACUUCGUGCUGCUGGGGCUGGGCUCGGACGGGCACACGGCCUCGCUCUUCCCGCGUUCAUCCAGCGGCCUCGAAGGGGCCCAGACGGUGGUGCUCACGGAGAGUCCCGUCAAACCCCACCAGAGGAUGAGCCUCAGCCUGCCUCUCAUCAACAAAGCCAGGCAGGUGGCCGUGCUGGUGAUGGGGAAGGGGAAGCAUGAAAUCACAACCCAGAUGAGUAGAGUGGGGCAGGAGCCCAAAAAGUGGCCUAUUUCAGGGGUCAACCCCAGCUCUGGCCAGCUGGUUUGGUACAUGGAUUAUGACGCUUUGCUUGGAUGAUCUCUUGGUUUAUCCUCCCCUCACCGCCUGUCCCAUUGCCCCCUGGAGCCUUGAUUUUCCAACACCGCACACAGGCUCCUGUGUUUACAAUAACAGCUCCUGCUCUGAACAGUCCCUCUAACUUUUGUGAAGAUCCAUUGGCUUUAACGGCUCUGUCAUCUGAGCCUAGAAAGGGGGGCGGCUCAGCGCUCAGAGAUCAGCGUUGUAUUCCUGACUUUACCCCUGACUGCUUCUGGGACCUUGGGCAAGCCACGUCGCUGCUCUGUGCCUCAGUUUCCCCCACAUCCUAUGGGGUUAAUAAUACCUACCUACCUCGCAGGAGCCAUCCAAGACCACUCUGAUUAAUUGCCUGCAGAGCUCUUCAGGAUUCUCAGAGGAGAGGAGCAGAGAGAAGCGCAGUGUUACUGACUGCUAAUGUUCACCUCUGAUCAGACAGGCUGACAGAAGCAUUUUCACGGUGGCCAGAGGCCCAGUCACAGUCCCAUUCAGAUUGUGCUCUAGUCCCGUAUGUGCCAACCCUUUACUUCAGCAAAAUACUGACCAUUUUCCCACUCUCUUCCUCUAUGGAGUCUCCUAGGGCUGGUCUACACUGGGGGGGGAGGGGCGGGAAUCGAUCUAAGAUAUGCAACUUCAGCUACGAGAAUAGCAUAGCUGAAGUCGACGUAUCUUAGAUCGACUUACCUCGCGUCCUCACGGCGC